CCCUUUGUGAAUUAUCUGUCACAGGCUCAGACCGUCCAAGUUGCUGAAGUUGAGCCACAAACCCAGCCACAGCCUUCACCAGAGCUCCUACUCCCUAAUUCUCUAAAGCCAGAAGAAGGUCUUGAGGUUUGGAAAAGCUGGGCCCAGACAAAGAAUGCUGAACUUGAGAAGGAUGCUCAGAACCGACUGGCACCCAUUGGCCGUCGCCAGCUACUGAGGUUCCAGGAAGAUCUCAUCUCUUCAGCUGUGGCAGAGUUGAAUUAUGGUCUAUGUUUAAUGACACGGGAAGCUCGAAAUGGAGAAGGUGAACCUUAUGACCCAGAUGUGCUGUACUAUAUCUUCCUGUGUAUUCAGAAGUAUCUUUUUGAAAAUGGCCGCGUAGAUGACAUAUUUUCAGAUCUUUAUUAUGUUCGGUUCACGGAGUGGCUUCAUGAAGUUCUGAAGGAUGUUCAGCCUCGAGUCACAUCUCUCGGUUAUGUCCUGCCCAGCCGUGUGACAGAAGAGAUGCUGUGGGAGUGUAAGCAGCUGGGGGCUCACUCCCCUUCUACACUUCUCACCACGCUGAUGUUUUUUAACACAAAGUACUUUCUGUUGAAAACAGUAGAUCAGCAUAUGAAACUGGCCUUUUCCAAAGUUUUACGACAGACAAAGAAGAACCCUUCAAAUCCCAAGGAUAAGAGCACAAGUAUCCGGUAUCUGAAGGCACUUGGCAUACACCAGACUGGCCAGAAAGUUACAGAUGAUAUGUAUGCUGAGCAGACUGAGAAUCCAGAGAAUCCACUGAGGUGCCCCAUAAAACUCUAUGAUUUCUACCUCUUCAAAUGUCCCCAGAGUGUGAAAGGCCGAAACGACACAUUUUACCUGACGCCUGAGCCAGUGGUGGCACCCAACAGCCCAAUCUGGUAUUCAGUCCAACCGAUCAACAGAGAGCAAAUGGAGCAGAUGCUUACCCGGAUCCUGGUGAUACGAGAAAUUCAGGAAGCUAUUGCUGUGGCAAAUGCCAGUAACAUGCACUGAGCAAGAUGGGGAGAUAUAAGGAAAAACUGUACAGAUUUCACACUAAAGAAGAGGCCUCAGUUUUUUUUUUCUUUUUUCUUUUUUUUUUUUUUUUUUUUUAAUUGGUGUAGUUAUGAAGCCCUUUUUGGCUGCUUCUGUUGAAAAGAAAAUAUAAAAGUAAAACCUACCCACCAUGCAUCAUCAUAAACCCAAGACAGACUGUUGUGCCUACUGGAACAAUAUGUUUCUGAGAGAAUUGGACACCCUGGAAAGUUGCUGGCUAACUUUUUUUUCUUUUCUUUUUCUUUCCCUCUUUUUUCUUUUUCAUUUUUGUCGGGGCCUGAGGAAGGGGCCUGGACUACAGAGGAGAAAAUAUGGCCCCUUUCUCACCUCCAGAGAGAAUGGAAAUUAUGAUGGAUGGACCUCCCUUCCGGCCCUGGGGUGCCUGCCAUGUCUGCCUUCCCCAGGGGCCUGGCUGGCCUUGCCUGUCGCUGGUAUAGCCAUGUUCUUUUCUUUCUUCAUGCUCAGACAUUAACUUGGCAUCUUAUUGGAAGAAAAAUAAGGGGAGAGAACUUCAAUUAUGAUUUAUUAAAGACAAUUUCUAUUCAGCCCCGUUAAAACAAAUGACAUUUUAGAUGUUGAAGUAAAAACUUUACCAUGCUUUUUUUUUUUUUUUUUUUUUUUUUUUGGGCCUAACAUUGAGGCCUUAAAACUUGAGGCACAUGUGCCUGAUGGAAUUCUUGUAACAUACACUUGUGUAUCAUAUAAAGAUACAACACUGUUUCUCUUAUGUAUUCUUACUCUAGUUGUUUAUUAAGAAUGACAAGCACGUCUUUUCAACA